AUGGAAUCAAAGCCAGAGUCGAGUAGGGUGACAGCUAGGGAGAGUGAACAUCUUCCGUACGAAGUUACAUACGAAUCAGGGCAAUUAUUUGAAGAUAUAAAAAGGAUAAAAGAAUAUAUCUCAGUAGAAUUGUUUUCCGAGAUUUUAGAGCUGGAACCUGAUAAACUAGAGAUACUCAAAGUCGAAAACAUGAUAAUAAAGGAAAAAAGAGUCACAGAUGCCACCAUAGAAAUAAUUUAUGCUCGUUUGAUAAAACAUCGGACCAUUCCAGAUGAAACUAUCAAGAAGGACUGGAGUUAUUAUUACGGUCCAGUGAAAAAUCAAGGACCUCGCGAUAUCUGCUGGGCGAUUGUUGCUGUGGAGCUGGCCACAGCUAUUCGUUGGAUUAAAAACCGUGGAAAAGGGAUUGAGUACUCCUACAAAGAGCUCGUGGAGUUUGUUUGUCCAGGGAGGGGAAUACUUAAUGAGAAACUGCACAACUUUUGCUACAAGCUGAACAUAAUGUCUGCCUUGGAAUACGUUAUCAAGCAUGGAGUUCAGGAAGCUGCGUGGUCCAAUGUACAAGGAUUCAGUGUUUAG